AGAAUAUACAGAAUCUUGACCGGCGUUGUUUCACACAGCGAAAGUUAACCUUCCAUUGGGUGACAGGCAAUUUUCACUGUUUGUAAUUCAGCAGUUUAAUUCAGUUUAAUUUUAACGUAAGUGUAAGAAGGAAGGAUCCAUCAGAAUGGAGUGUUUAAUUGGAAUAAAAUUUAAAGAUUUCGUGUUGAUCGCGGCUGACAUGACUACAGCCCACUCGAUAAUGGUGAUGAAGAACGAUGAGCAUAAAAUACAUAAGAUCUCUGAAAAGCUAGUGAUGGCAGUGUCCGGAGAAUCCGGUGACACAACACAAUUUUCUGAGUACAUAGGAAAAAAUAUACAACUUUAUAAAAUGAGGAAUGGUUACGAAUUAUCACCGAGAGCUGCUGCUUGUUUCACAAGGAGAAAUCUGGCUGAUUAUCUCAGAAGUAGAACACCAUACUUUGUAAAUUUACUAAUGGCUGGCUACGACGAUAUUACUGGACCAGAAUUAUUUUUCAUCGAUUACUUAGCGUCCUGUGUCAGCGUGCCUUAUGCAGCACAUGGCUAUGGAGGCUUUUUCUCUUUGGCCAUUAUGGAUAGGUACCAUAAACUAGAUUCUACAGAAGAAGAGGCAUAUAACUUAAUGAAAAUGUGUGUCAGAGAAAUUCAAAAACGUUUAAUAGUCAAUCUUCCUAAUUUCAAAGUACAGAAGGUAUCCAAAGAUGGCAUCAAAGAUUUGGACUCCAUUACUGCAAAAAGUUUGGCAGUAGAAGAUGCUGCUAAGUCAUAAAAUCACUAUUUUUAUUCGUUUGUUAUCUACUCAAUAAAUGGUAAUUGAAAAACGAG